AUGGACGCUUUUAAUUUAAUUCGUUUGAACAAAGCUGACAUCAUUGUUUCAGGUGGUGCAGAAGCUGUAAUCAGUGAAGCUGGUGUUGGUGGAUUCAAUGCAAUGAAAGCCAUGAGUGAAAGGAAUGAUGAUCCAAAAACGGCUUCUCGUCCUUAUGAUAAAGACAGGGAUGGUUUUGUAAUGGGAGAAGCUGCUGGUGUUUUGAUUUUGGAAGAACUGGAACAUGCAAAAGCCCGUGGUGCAAAAAUUUAUUGUGAAGUGGUUGGCUGUGGUGCCACUGCAGAUGCACACCAUAUUACUGCUCCACAUCCAGAAGGACUGGGUGCAAGAAAUGUGAUGCUGGCUGCAUUGGAAGACGCCAAUAUGAAACCAGAAGAAAUUGACUAUAUCAAUACGCAUGGUACAAGUACACCAAUUGGUGAUGGUGCAGAAGUAAAAGCCAUCACUGCUGUUUUUGGUGAACAUGCUUAUGAACUAAAUAUCAGUGCCACCAAAAGCAUGACAGGUCACUGCCUUGGUGCAGCUGGUGCCAUUGAAGCCAUUGCAAGUAUCAUGGCUGUGGUGCAUGAUAUUGUUCCCCCAACCAUCAACCAUUUUACAGAUGACCCUGAACUUGACCCAAAGUUGAAUUUCACUUUCAAUAAAGCUCAGAAGCGUACAGUAAAUGCAGCAUUGAGCAACACCUUUGGUUUUGGUGGACAUAAUGCUUGUGUGAUUGUGAAGAAGUACAAAGGAUAA